AUGGCGUCCACCACAGUUAUCAAGGUGCGAUAUUUUGGAACUUCCAAGGUUAAACUUGGGGACAAACUGAGGUGUUUCAAAGCUCAUGUUGAUAAGAAUGGUGAACUUGAUCUUAACAUGGCUGGAUUGAGGGAAAAAAUUUGCGGUCUUUUUCACCUUCCACCUGGUGCUGACAUUACCCUAACAUAUAUCGAUGAAGACAAGGAUGUAGUAACUCUCGUGGACGAUGAUGAUCUGCGAGAUGCGAUGAGGCAGCGUCUUAAGUCCUUUAGAAUUGAUGUACUGAUGAAUGAUGACAAAGAUGUUGGUAAAUAUUCAAGCUCCAAAAGAAGUAAAAGUCAAGGGAAGGAUGCUGCUAAUGUGACAAGUGAUACGGAGAUGGUGGUUCAACCUUACCCCGAUUAUUUUGAUGAUCUUGAUCUCCUUGCUGAUUCUGGGGAGACCAACAAGGCUACUAGCACAAGUUCUGCUUCUCCUCCACAUCAUAAUGAAGAUAUGAGCAGAAGCAAUGCUCCUCCACAUUAUAAUCACCCUGUUUUUCCAACUGUGGCAUGUCUUGAAUCUGAAGCCGUAGGUGGUAUGAUGUGCCACACGGGUUUUCGCUGCAGCAUCUGUGGUUGCAAUCCAAUACUUGGAUCCCGGUUCAAGUCGAUAGUGAUUGAAGAUUAUAGCCUCUGUCGAAUCUGUGUUACGAGUCGGGGUAAUGUGACUGAUUACAUUAGGAUUGACCUCCCUGUGUCUCCAAAAGGGGAUGUUUGA